AUGGGAAAUGCGAAACCGAUCGCACUACAAACCCGGAAAGUGCCCAUACGAUUUCGGGAAAAAGUCACAGGCCUGAUCAAGGGCCUCCUGGCAGCCGAGAUCAUCCGUCCCUCGACAUCGCCAUGGGCCUCACCGAUCGUGAUUGUUCGCAAGAGUAAAGGUGUAGAUGUCAGGUUGUGUAUUGACUACAAGUUGGUAAACAGCCUCACGAGAUUGAUGGUCUAUCCGAUGCCCCUGAUCAGCUAUCUGCUGGAGGAUCUUGAUAAAACGCUAUGGUAUUGUUCGCUGGAUAUGACCAUCGGAUUCUGGGUCGUACCCAUGACGGAUCGGGCUCGCGAGAUCUCGGCAUUUAUCACCCCGUUUGGAUUAUUCGAAUGGAGCCGCGUGCCUUUUGGCCUAAAUAAUGCCCCGCAGAUUUAUCAACGCCUCGUAGAAAACGCACUGUAUGGAAUUUUGAAGAUCUCGCAAGCCGGCGACGCUGGAGCUACAACGGACGUGUUCCAAACAGGGAUCGCGGACGAUCCUGCUCGCGAGUCGGUGUUGGGACGGAGAUCAUACAUUGAUGACAUCAUGAUCGCAGCGGGAUCAUGGGAUCAAAAGUGCCAAAGGGUAGAGGAUCUGCUGGAGGCUUCCGACAAGUGGAAUAUGUCGAUCAGUGUAGCCAAGCGUUUUUGGGGCAUGGAUAAGGUGAGAUAUCUGGGACACCGAGUGUCGAUCGGAGGUCUGAAGGCGAACCCGAAAGACCUGAAAUCCCUGACCGAUCUACCAUUCCCCGGGUCACUUCGAUCUAUGCAGUCAUUCCUGGGUAGUUUGAAUUACUACAGCCGAUUCAUCGAAGAUUAUGCUAUCUACGCUUCGGUGUUCUAUGAAUUUCGCGAGGUGGAGUUUGCAGAACGGGAGAAACGAUCGGAUCUGAGGGAAAUCAUGGACCUGAACGACCUGAUUCCUCGAGAUCACAGCUCCCCGGAACUGAAGUUGACGGGACCAGUGGAUGAGCGGUGGAUCCGGGCACAUAGGGCCUUCAUCACCCUGAAAACCCGACGACCCCAGUCCUCCGCCAUUUCGACGAGACGAGAACGCCGAACACGACGGGAUCUACCACCCGGUGGCAUUCGCCAGUCGCACCUUGAAGACGAACUAGUUGAAUUACAAUGUGACCGAGAAGGAGGUGUUGGCGUUGCUGAGGAUCUUGGAUCUCUACUACAAUUUGCUAGUAGGACGCGAGAUCCGGGUCCUAACGAGGCAUUCCACGUUGGCCUGGCCGUUCAAGUCGACGGGAUUGCAGGGUCACCUAGGACAAUGGUCCACCCUCCUGGCCUCGUGGACGCUCGAGAUCACGAAGUGCACGAUGAGAUACUGGGGGCGAUCGCUGCUAGCAUCACGCCGAGGGCGAAGAUCGACGAUGCUCUGACCGAGAUCGCUCCCCGGAAAGAACCUAAACGCCGGAUCCAGGCACCGAUUCCCACGGUAGAUCGAGACGAGGAAUUAUGGGUGAUCAGUUUUGACGGAUCCGCCCGAGUUAAGCGCGGUGGGGGCGCGUUCAGUGCGAUCGUGUGGAGUCGUCCCGGAUGGGAGGUGGUCAAGGCCAGGUCAGGCUAUCUCGAGAGCCUCACUGUGAACGAAGCCGAGUAUAACAGCCUGAUCCUGGGACUCAACAUGCUAGAGAGCUUAGAUCUCUGCGGGGAUUCCAACCUAGUGAUCCGACAAGUACGGGGUGAGAUCGAGAGCAAAGCACCCGGACUGACGCUAUUGAAACGGAAAGCCCUCCAUCGCCUCAGGAAAUGGAGUGAUCAUGAGUUGGUGCACGUCAAGAGGGACUGGAACGGAAGUGCUGACAGUCUAGCGAGCGCCGCUUUGCAACGACAAGGAGGGAUCGAGGUCCAGGAGAUGCCCGGGUACCAGGAUCUGGUCACCCUGAACCGGUUAGACGAAAUCUUGAUUCCCAAGACCGAGAAUCCAGUGGUGCGAGUUGCUGCGGUUACCACUCGGGCUGGUCAAGCGAGAUCACCUGCGGGUGUCAUGAAAGAGGAUCUGAUCCGGGAGAUCCGGGUCGAUCGGAUCAAGCAGGCCCAAGAGGAAGAAGUCUGGAUCGCCGGCAUGAAGAAGUAUCUGAGUGGUUCAAUCGCAGAUCUCACACAAGCGGAAGCAAGAUCGUAUGGCAAGCUCGCGGCCGACUACGAGGUAGACGAGCAGGACCCACUCUUUUACUGCCCCCCCACGCCGAGAUCGGGAGAUGAUCGCGACCGAUUGAUGAGAUUGGUAGUUCCCAAAACGCUACAAUCAGACGUGUCACACCUCGAGGACAUCAUGGAGUGGGGCGAACCUACCAGCGGAUCAGGGAUCACUUCCACUGGAGGGGAUUAUACCGGAUUAUUCAGCGAUAUGUGGGAGAGUGUGUGGAUUGUGAAACAGGAAAAUGAAAACCGGUGA